CUUAGUGACAGCCUGACACACGUUUACAUUUUGCAGUAUUUUGUAAAUCACAAAAAAACUUUCGUAACUUUCCAAUUAGAAUUAGAAUGAAAUAGUUUAAUUAAACUUUAACAAUGGUAGAUGAAGGUACUAGAAAAACUUUAAGCAGUAUACCUUUGCUUCAAACUAAAGCUGGGCCUAGAGACAAAGAAUUAUGGACUACUAGGCUGAAAGAAGAAUACCAGGCUCUGAUAAAGUACGUACAAAACAAUAAGGCAGCUGACAAUGAUUGGUUCCGGUUGGAAUCGGAUAAAACCGGUACAAAGUGGUUUGGCAAGUGCUGGUACGUUCACAACCUGCUGAAGUACGAGUUUGAUUUAGAAUUUGAUAUUCCCAUAACUUACCCGACUACAGCACCAGAGUUGGCAUUGCCUGGUUUGGAUGGAAAAACUGCCAAAAUGUACAGAGGUGGCAAGAUUUGCUUGACGGACCAUUUCAAGCCGUUGUGGGCGCGGAAUGUGCCCAGGUUUGGUAUAGCGCAUGCCAUGGCUUUGGGGCUUGGACCCUGGUUAGCCGUCGAAAUACCAGAACUCAUUGAAAGAGGAGUUGUCACCUACCAAGAGAAAUCUGAAGAAGCGAAAUAGAUACUACACUUAUAUAAAAUAUUGUACAUACAUUUAUUACUAUGAUGC